AUGACGUUCCUUCUCGACAAUGAUGGAAACCUGAACGUGCUGCAGGACACUGAGCUGGCUGGGGAUGUGGUUCAGUUUCCCAUUUGCAACUGGGACCCGCCCGUCUGGUCAGAGCCAGGCAACUCCAUGGAGCUGGUGGUAGCAGAGCCCAGCUACCCCAAACCCAGCAUCUCCCUGAGACCCAGCGGUGGGAUCUCCCUGGGAGGAGCCGUGGACGUUCGGUGUCGGGGGCAGCACCGGGGCGUGCGGUUCGUCCUGAAUAAAGAGGGACGCCAUUUUGCACCUGUGGAUUCGGACGGGUUUGAGGCUGUGUUUCCCAUCAGCAACGUGCGCUGGGAUCUCGGCGGGAGCUACAGCUGCUCCUAUCACAGCAGAUCGGAGCCGUUCACCGUGUCAUACCCCAGCGACCCCGUGGAGCUGGUGGUGAGAGAUCCCAGCUUCCCCAGACCCUCCAUCUUUCUGAACCCCACUGGGGUCACCUCCCCAGGGUCAGACGUCACCAUCCGGUGUCAGGGGCAGCUCCGGGACGUGAGGUUCUUCCUGCACAAGGCUGGACACCUGAACCCGCAGCGACACAUGGACCCUGCUGGGGACGGGGCCGAGUUCCGCAUCCCCACCGUGGGCCGGCAGCACGGAGGGAACUACAGCUGCAGCUACCGGCCCCGAUCAGAGCCCUUCAUCUCCUCGCAGCCCAGCGACCCCGUGCAGCUGGUGGUAGCAGACAGAUCGGAAUCGCCGGCACCUCCGGGUCUGACCAGCCCCACCAUUGCCAGGGUGAGCGCGGCAGCUGCCGUCCUCCUCCUCCUCUUCGUGGCUUUUGUCUGCUUCAGAAAAACCCGAGCCAGAAAAGGAGCCACACCGAGACCGAGCAGCCCUAUGGUGGCAUUAAAGGUGCCGGCUCAUCAAGACCCCAUCUACGCCUCCAUCGACGAAGGGAAACAGCUGCAAACCCCGGCAGAAGAUGACUUCUUUCAGAAUGCAAAAGCCUAUUCAAUGAGGAAAAAGAACGCUCAACGGUAGCUGUUGUGACUGGGA